AUGGUCCAACUCACCAACCUCGCUCUCCUAGCAGCCACCCUGCUCAGCCCCCUCGCUUUCGCAGACGUCCUCCGCGAUCCCAAAACCGCUUGCACAACCUUCGUCCAAGUCGUGACGAGCACCGAGACUCGCUACCCGAAAGACGUCGAUACCAGCGUCAUCCUCUACGAGUAUCCGGUCGUUACGACCGUCUAUGCGACCAAUACGAGUACCGUCUUGUAUACGACUGAUAAGACGAGGAUGAGGACUAGGACUGAUACGCAGACUGUUAGUCAGUGUACUGUUUAUUAG